CUGCCAGAGCUCCUGCUGAGGUGAGAUCCGGGGCGUCCCGGGCCCUUCGUGAGCGCUCGCGCGCCCGCUGUCUCCCCUCGGGGACCGAGGCCGCGGCCCGGGGAGGAGCGGGCGGCGGGGGCCGGGUCCUCUGUCGCUGGGCUCUGCCUGGGGCGGCGCUGCCCGGGUGCCCUGGACCCUCUCAGCUGCUGCCGGAGCCCCCGGGAGAGUCCAGCUUCCCACGGAGCGCGGCGGAGGAGCUGUGAGGACCGCGGGCCGGUGCGCCGAAGCCCCCAGUGCUUGCUUGCCAGAGCCCUGCCUUGUCUCAAAGAGAAGAAGAGAACCAUGACGAAGUUACAGGAGGUUGUGACGUUCAGGGACGUGGCCGUGGUCUUCAGUGAGGAGGAGCUGGAGCUGCUGGAUGCUGCCCAGAGGAAGCUGUACCAUGACGUGAUGCUGGAGAACUUCAAGAACCUUCUGUCAGUGGGAGGCCAGAAUCCAAACAAGAUGGAGAUUCUUCACACAACAGGUUUAAGGUGCCUUUCACUGGGGCGGCUUCCAGGCUGGCAGAUGACAAGUCAUCAUGUCAACAAACCGGCCAGAACUCCAGAAGUUGUUGGUUCUCACUUCUUAGAACAAUGCCACUUCUCCUGCCUCAGGGGAGCAGAAGAGCUUUCCCAGGACUCUGAGGACAAUAGCUGUCAGGAGAGUCUCACAAGCGACCAUUCCAGCAAUACUGAAAAUCAGGAAUUUCUGUCUGGUAGAGCUCAGAGUUCUUGGAGUAAAACACAUCUUAGCCAGAGACAGAAUCAUCAGAAACACUGUCCAAAGACUCUGGUGAAAAACAAGCCACAGCUGUUGGCACCUGGAGAUGACAUUUUGAGUCGCAUUUCUCACUACAAUAACAGAAUACCUCAUAAAAGAGACAAAGCCCACAGCAGCGGUGACUGUGGUAAAGUCAUCUGUCCCACAUUAACCAUUACCCAACAUGGUGUUCACACAGAACGGAAGACCUACAAGUGCAGCAAGGGCAGAGAAGCCAUCAUUGAUAGCCCCAGUUUAGAACUCCAUCAGAAGGUCCUCUUAGGAAAGGAGUCCCCUGAACCUAGUACACACAGUGACACCAGGCAUAGCUCCAGUGUCACCAUUCAACAAAGUGUUCACUCAGGAAAAAAGCACUACUGGUGUCAUGAGUGUGGCAAGGGAUUUACUCAGAGCUCAAGCCUUCAGACACACCAGAGAGUGCACAGUGGGGAGAAGCCUUAUACCUGCUCUGAGUGCGGCAAGAGCUUUAACCAGAGCUCGCACCUGUAUGCUCACCUGCCCAUUCAUACAGGGGAGAAACCCUAUACAUGCAACACUUGUGGGAAAGGCUUUAGCCGUAGCUCGGAUCUCAAUAUUCACUGCCGAGUGCACACUGGAGAGAAACCUUACAAGUGUGAGGUGUGUGGGAAGGGCUUCACCCAAUGGUCCCAUCUCCAAGCCCACGAGAGAAUCCACACAGGAGAGAAGCCAUAUAAAUGUGGAGAGUGUGGCAAAUGCUUCAGCUGUAGCUCAAACCUUCACAGCCACCAGAGAGUCCACACUGAGGAGAAACCCUACAAGUGUGAUGAAUGUGGAAAGCACUUCAGCUUGAGAUCUAACCUUCACAGCCAUCAGCGUGUCCACACAGGAGAGAAGCCAUAUAAAUGUGAAGAGUGCGGAAAGGGCUUCAGUUCAGUCUCAAGCUUCCAAAGCCACCAGGGGAUCCAUACAGGAAAGAAGCCAUUUUGCUGCAAUGUGUGUGGGAAGGGCUUCAGUCGUAGCUCAUAUUUUCAAGCUCACCAGAGAGUUCACACUGGGGAAAAACCCUACAAAUGUGAAUUAUGUGGAAAGUGCUUUAGCUGGAGCUUUAACCUUCACAGUCACCAGAGAAUGCACACACGGGAGAAACCAUACAAUUGUGAGGUGUGUGGGAAGGGCUUCACACAAAGAUCACAUCUCCAGGUCCAUGAAAGAAUUCACACAGGAGAGAAGCCAUACAAGUGUGGAGUCUGUGGAAAACACUUCAGCUGUAGCUCAAACCUUCACACCCACCAGAGAGUCCACAUGGAAGAAAAACCCUAUAAAUGCGAAGAGUGUGGGAAAGGCUUUAGUCACGCCUCAAGUUUGCAUGUUCAUCAGAGUGUCCACACCGGCGAGAAGCCAUUCAAGUGCAAUGUGUGCCAGAAACGGUUCAGUCAGGCCUCGCACCUCCAGGCGCAUCAGAGGGUGCACACAGGGGAGAAGCCCUUCAAAUGUGACACAUGUGGGAAAGCCUUCACUCAGAGGUCCAAUCUCCAAGCCCAUCAGAUUAUUCAUACUGGGGAGAAGCCCUUCAAAUGUGAGGAGUGUGGGAAGGAAUUCAGCUGGAGUGCAGGGCUUACUGCUCACCGGAGGAUCCACACAGGACAAAAACCCUACAUGUGCCAGCAGUGUGGAAAGGGCUUCAGUCAGCCCUCAAACUUCCACAUGCACCAGAGGGUCCACACUGGGGAGAGACCCUACAUCUGCAGCAUCUGCUCUAAGGGCUUCAGUCAGAGAUCACAUCUCGUCUACCACCAGAGGGUCCACACUGCAGGGAAUCUCUAGGUUCUGCUGUCAGAUGGGCUUCCUGCUGCUUGCUGAUUGUUAAAAAUUCCCCCCAAACCCAGAGACUUUGGGAGACUUCCCCGGAGAUGUGUUUCAGUUUAAGAGAUCAGUUCCUUUGCAGGGGUAGGGGGUGGCUGUUCAGGAACCUGCUCUGUAGAUCACACUGGCCUCAGAUUCACAGUGGUAUACCUGCCACUGCCUCCCAAGUAAUGCAAUUAAGGUUGUGUACUAGCACCGAUUGAUUUCGAGAUCAAUUAUUUACAGAUGUCAGAAAUCAUAAAAGAGAGGAAAAUUGCUGUAUAAAUGUAUGUUCAUCAUGCUCAAGAGUUGCAAGUCUGCUGCCCUCGAUAGGGAAAUCUCAGCAUCCAUCCUGGUCUAUGCAGAGAGCCCUCAAGGUGGGCCUUAACCAAAGUGGGUCAUUGGCAGAACCAGUGUUGAUUAAAGCAUCACUUCCAAAUACAAAGAACCCCUCUGUAUCUGCUGUGCAGAGCCACAUGUGGCUCACAGUUAAGCCAUUCCUGAAGCGAGUGUAGAUGUGUAGCCAUAAUGUUAUUGGGCUCUAUUGAAAAAUUAUAUUAUUCAGUGCUGAUAUCAGUGCCCUCA